GACCUGGGGCCCGGACUCAACACUCCGGAGCCCUCUCUGGCAGCAAACCAAAACAAAAAAAAAAAAAAAAAAAAUCAGCAGCAAUGCGAUCAACCGUUCUGCCCUCAAAUACAAUGGGCGUCGUCGUGGCAUGUCUAUUGGGUUCAUUCCUUCAAAACACCGUGGACGCUUCACUGCUAGGGAAGAAAGAUAUUGUUCACAGGAUACAAAAGGUGCACGUCGUUGAGCAUGCCGUUCUCGAAAGGCGCGCGCUGACCUGCCCAGUUGACCAUUACUCAUGUCCAGACUCACUGGGUGGCAACUGUUGCCCUCAACGGUAUGGCUGUGCUACAGAUAGCUGCUUUGUGACCACAGCAGGGACUGGCAUGGCCUGUGGGAGAAGGGGAUACUAUAACUGUCCCCUAGAAGCCGGCACUGGAUGUUGUCCUGAAGGUUACGUAUGCGAAAGAGAUGGCAGAUGCUCUCCUCCUGAGGGCGUUACAUACAGCAUCGAAUGUCCAGCCGGUAAUUUCCAGUGUCCCAUGUCCGAUGGAGGGGGAUGUUGCAGGAGCGGAAUGGCUUGCGGGAAAAACCUGUGCUAUGCGACCACGCCCCAGACCUUUGUCAUUACAAAGGCUUCCACUGCCGUUACGAGCGGUAGAACCACGAUAGUCACCGCCGUGGUUACAACAGUGUCGACUCCCGUUCCCUCGGCGAUCCCUAGUGAUACGAACUUCGGCCUUCCCAAACUUUUUGUCACGUCGGUACCCAAGGUCGAACCCGUCCAAGCCCCAGAAGGCUCCGGUGGGCUCACCAGCGCCCAGAUCGGCGGCAUUGCCGGAGGCGUCGCAGCUCUUGUAGUCAUUGUCCUGGUGGCAACAUUCCUCAUCUUCCGCCGUCUCAGAAAGCACGAGCAGGUUAUAGCAGAGUCGACGGCCCUCGGUACGUCCUCUGUUGGUGGCCGAAGCUCCAAGACGGGCGGUAAGAGCGGCAUGACCCAAAUCCGCGUCACCCCUUAUCCCAGGCCAACCCAGUCUACCAUCGAUGCGAUGGAGUACGACGACCUACUCGAGACUCGGACCGCCGUGUCGACGACGGCGCCCCAUUCAUUCAACCGCGCCGACUCGGAUGUGAUUUCGAUGCCGUCCUCCCGCCCAACCCCGGACCUGCGACACAUGAGCAUCGACUCGUCGGCUGCAAGCCAAGCCGGCUACUUUGACCUGCCAGCCGGCACUUAUGCAAACCGCCACUCGGGCCAAACAACCGGCGGCCUCGGCAUUCGCUCCAGCCUGGACUCGUCAACGACUGGCGGAUCAAACGUGGCCGAGCUGAUGAGCUCCACCACUGUCAACGCCGCCGCGACGAAGCGCGCCCGCCACGUGAGCAACGCCAGCGAGCUCUCGUCCAAGAGCAGCAGCGUCGAGCUCCCGGCCGCAGGUCUGGGAUCGCCCAACCUCCCCGCCGAACUCGGACAGGGCCAACAGGUGGCGGAGCUGCAGGCAGACGAAGGUCCGGGAGGCGCGCGGAGACGAGCGGCCAGCAGCGGGGCGUCUGCGCCAACGACCUUGGCCCGUCCACCGAUGGUGCAUCAGCGCACCGGCCAGCAGCCGCUCGACGUCGUGAGUGAGAACUCGGAAGUCAUGCACGGCUACUAUGGUCCGUCGGAGCACAGCGGACAGACGCAGGCUGGGUUGACGCUCGGGCAUGACAUCAGCUCGCCGUUGGAAACGCAGUUCCAGUUGGCAAAAUCGACGGAAGAUGAUAAAUCGUGACCGGAGCUACUUGAACUCCACAUUCAAACCCCUGAUGGUGUAGUUGGUUCAUCACGUCUGACUGUAAUCUGUCAAGUUGUAAUCAGAAGGUCACCGGCUCGACUCCGGUUCGGGGGAACGUGGAAUUGUGAUUCCACCUCUUUUUUCUUUUUUUUUUUGAUUCUCUUUUUCUUACAUAUAUACAAUUUUGGCUUUCUUUUUUUAUAUUUUUUUUUUUACUCUUUCUUUGGUCUCUAGGCCUUGCAUCGCCGGUACAAGUUUUCGGAAACUUCUUUCUACACUUGUUUUUACUUAUUGUCGUUUCUUUCUGUUGUUGCGGUCAAUUUAUUCAAAACACAUCCCAGGAAUUGCGUGCACAUAUAUGGGGCUUGGUUGCCAGGGUAGGCGUUUUUAUUUUCCGGCAGAUGCACUUGACAAACAAACAUGUUGAUAAAAUCAGCACUACGAUAUCAUGCGAAAGACUCUUUUCCGUGCACGCACCCUAUAUCAUAUCAGAGUAUGUUUGUCAUUGUGAAAUAGAGAAAAGAAUUGUAUCUGAGAAUCCCAACCUCAAAACAAA